AUGACCCCGACAGCCAUCUCACCCCGAUCAGAACACUCUGCAUCAUUUCCAAGUCUGCCCAAACCAGCCAGUACCGCAGGAGGACUCUUUCCAUACGGCAAGGGCGGUCAUCGUGGCAGCAUCACCCGCCGCAUGCCGAGUAACGAGUUCUCGUUGUACGAUCCAUACCGCUCGCGUCAGCCGGGCAUAUCCGCCAACAGGGUAAAGAAUGAUUAUCAAGCCCAGUCUCCCAAGCGCGACAGUCCAGCGACCUUCCCCAAUCACUCCCACCCAUACUACAGCGGACAUGGAUCGAACGAGGAGCUACACAAUCUGCACAUUCAACUACUGGAUGGAAGUGGCUUGACGGAAGAACAGGCUUUUGCGAUAAUGCACCCUCCACCAUUCAUCGGGCAGCGGGAGGAUCAAUACCGUCACUCGCCAACACUCGUCGCCAGUCAAACCUUGGCUGCAUCCUACACCGGACGGCCCGAGUCUCCCUUCCAGCCAUAUCUGCCUUACCAGCCCUACAGCAACCAGCAACAGCUGCCUUCGCCUACCAUUGCGGACGCAUACAGAUCAAGCGGAUCAAUGUCAUCACCGGGUCUGGGGCCAUAUCUCAGUCAUUACGGCGUUCACGAGGACCGAUCGGAAUACAAGGCGGAUCCGUAUAGGUCGGCUUACUCCCAGUCAACCAGCAAUAACCACCACAACAACAAUACCAACAGCGCGGCAGCGGCGGCAAGUCUCCAUUCACCCUAUCUGGGCUCAGGCGGUGGCUCACCCAACAUGCACGAGGACUUUUCAUCCUCAUUCGAGUCACGCGUCUCCGGCCUCAGCAGUCAACCCAAUAGCAGUAACAGUCUACGAUACCCGAUGCGUGACCUGGCGGGCCAGGACUCGAAUCAAGCCCUCUCAGCCUCUUACUACGAACAUGGACGCAACCCACUACACCAACAAUCCAAGAAGGCGACCGCGACUGUAACAUCCAGCGAGAACGGCGCCAUGCAAUCAGACCUUGAUUUCUCAACAGCGGUCGCCAUUCCCUCUGGCAAACAUGCUCGCCAGUCAAGGAACCAACAUCCAUCGCAGCCUUCAAAGACGGACUCUUCAGGAACCAAGAAGGCAAAGACGGUGGAGAAAGAUGAGGACGACGAUAUCCUUCAGAAGCUCGGUGUCCUGUCUGCUGUGAGCAGUGCUUCGAGGAGCGGAGGCACCAGGAGCGGUCUAACCCAAGCCAGCGGCCGGUCUCGCAGGAAGGGUCAAUGGACCUCUGACUCGGAGGAGGAAGGACGGGCAAAGGCAGGAGUUUUCACGUAUGAGUCGGUCAUGCCGAACGGACCUGUGUCAACCUCCAACGAUGGGAUCGAGGAACCCUUUCAUAUUCAACUCUUAAUUGACAGUACGGCCAACUAUCUGCCCAUCCGUCUGAAUAGCCUCGACUUGAAGAUCUGGCUCCAGACAGAGGGCAUCAAGAUCGCAGACAACGUAAACCUGGCGUCGGCAUUCGUGAUCCAGCCUCGCGUUGAGGAAGUGGUCUCGAUCCCGAUGAAGCUCCAAUACCGAACCGUGACGAAGGGCAAUGUUGUGGACAGAAUCCUUGACGACUUGAUCGAGGCAUGUACGCCGACGCCAUCUCCAAUGCCCAUACUGUCUACACUGCCCAACAAGCAGCCCCUUGGUGUCGAUGUUGUUGUGGGCGGGAAGCUCGACGUCUGGGGACUGUCUUGGGUCUGGAAACCUGCGUUUUCCUUCAGCGUCGAGAAUAUCCCUUGCCCAAUCAAUGCAGCCAGCCAGUCCUCGAGCAACCCUUCAUCGUCGUCUGGAGUGGUCACUAUCCCUCCUGCGACCGCUUUUGUUGCGGGCAUUACUGCGGUGGUGCCAUCGAUGACUUUGGAUCCAUCACAACCUACUCCUACUCCUACUCGUACUUCUGUGGAUGCUGAGAAGACGACUAGUGCAGCAUCUUUCCCUCCAUCCACACCUACCACCAUCUAG